CGGGGAGGGCGCGCUUGCCGGAGCCUCUGAGGAGAGAGGCCGGCCGUCCCAGGUCCUGACAGGGAAGUAGUAGGCAGGUCCUGACAGAAAAGAGCUGUGGCCGCCGCACGUUUCACGUCUAGGCGGGUCCGGUGAGAUGGAGUCCAGAGUCGCGGACGUCGGGGAGGGCGAGGCUGAGCGAGCCGUGGGUGAGGACUCGGCAGCUGACGGCGCGGCUCGGGGGCCAGCAGCCUCGGCGUCCCUGGGAGCUGCCCGGUGGAAGCUCCUGCGGCAGGUUCUGAAACAGAAACACCUGGAUGGUUGUCUGCGACACGUAUCUGUAAGAAGAUUUGAAUCAUUUAAUCUAUUUUCGAAAACUGAAGCUAGCAAAACUGCAGAGGAGUCUGGUGCGUGGGUCCGAUACACAAGUGUCUUCCAUCCCGAACACAGUGUCUUCUUAAGGCAUAAUAGUGGAUCCUUGAAUGUGGGAGAUGUUCUUACCAGCUUUGACAAUACAGGAAAUGUUUGCAUCUGGCCAUCCGAAGAGGUUUUGGCUUACUACUGUCUGAAGCACAGUGACACAUUCAGGGACCUUGCUGUGUGUGAGCUAGGGGGUGGCAUGACAUGCUUGGCUGGGCUCAUGGUUGCUAUUUCUGCAGAUGUCAAAGAAGUUCUGUUAACUGAUGGGAAUGAAAAGGCCAUCCGAAAUGUAAGAGACAUCAUCGCAAGAAAUCAGAAGGCUGGUGUGUUUAAAACCCAGAAGAUAUCAAGCUGCGUUUUACGAUGGGAUAAUGAGACAGAUGUCUCUCAACUGGAAGGACAUUUUGACAUUGUUAUGUGUUCUGACUGCCUGUUUCUGGACCAGUACAGAGCCAGCCUUGUUGAUGCCAUAAAGAGAUUACUCCAGCCCAGGGGGAAAGCAAUGGUAUUCGCUCCGUGCCGUGGGAAUACUUUAAACCAGUUUUGCAAUCUAGCUGAAAAAGCUGGUUUCUCUCUCCAAAGACAUGAAAAUUAUGAUGAACACAUUUCAAACUUGCACUCCAAGCUGAAAAAGGAAAACCCAGACCUAUACGAAGAAAACCUUCAUUACCCUCUGCUGCUCAGCCUAACCAAAUGCUGAUAGAAGAUCGAGCUGCUCAGAAGAGCAAGGAAACCACGAGUAACUGGGGCAAAUUCUCACAAAAACCCAAAUGUGCGCCAGGUCCCAUGUGCAGCAAGCCCCCAGUGACCGGAGAUCACCAGGGUCCCAGGGCCCAGCCCACACUGCCUCCCAGACAUUCCACGGUGGGUUAGGGGCUCCCCUGUCCUCACUGGCCACCUUCUCUGGCCCUGCCUACAUGCCCCAGCUCCCUGCCUUCUCUUUCUACAUUUUGCUGGCUGCCCUUCCUGUACCACACCCCUUUUGGUAUCCAAGUCUGAAGACACAGCCUGUGUGAGAUCUGAAUUUGACUCAUGAGCAAACUAAAUGUUGUCCUGAGAGAUAGAAUUUCUUUUGGUGACUCCUAAUUCCACUUAAAAAAAGGGGGGGGGGGUGGGGCGGAGGGAUAGAAGAGUGAGAGAGGAGUCUUUGUUCUCUUCUGAUGGUGGUAAUUUUUAAUCAGUAAACACAUAAACACCAUGAUUUCUUCCUGGUUAAAAAAAUAAUAAUAAUAAAGCACAUCUCU